GGCAGCCGGCGAGGCCCGAUGGAAGGGGGUGCGGAAGAGCCCUCUCGGGGGCGGCGGCGGCUCGGGGGCCUCCAGCCAGGCCGCCUGCCUCAAGCAGAUCCUGCUGCUGCAGUUGGAUCUCAUCGAGCAGCAGCAGCAGCAGCUGCAGGCCAAGGAGAAGGAGAUCGAGGAGCUCAAGUCCGAGCGGGACACGCUCCUUGCUCGGAUUGAACGUAUGGAAAGACGGAUGCAGCUGGUAAAGAAGGAUAACGAGAAAGAAAGGCACAAGCUGUUUCAGGGCUAUGAGACUGAAGAGAGAGAGGAAACAGAGCUCUCUGAGAAAAUUAAACUGGAGUGCCAGCCAGAGCUCUCCGAGACGUCCCAGCCUCUGGCUCCCAAGCCUUUCUCAUGUGGGCGGAGUGGAAAGGGACACAAAAGGAAAACCCCAUUCGGAAAUACAGAAAGAAAGACUCCUGUUAAAAAGCUGGCUCCUGAAUUUUCAAAAGUCAAAACAAAAACUCCUAAGCACUCACCCGUUAAAGAGGAACCCUGUGGUUCCUUAUCCGAAACUGUCUGUAGACGUGAACUGAGGAGCCAAGAAACCCCAGAAAAGCCCCGGUCUUCAGUGGACACCCCGCCGAGACUCUCCACGCCCCAGAAGGGACCCAGCGCCCAUCCCAAGGAGAAAGCCUUCCCCAGCGAGACCGAAGAUCUGCCAUACCUUUCCACCACAGAAAUGUACUUGUGUCGUUGGCACCAGCCUCCCCCGUCACCGUUACCGUUACGGGAACCCUCUCCAAAGAAGGAGGAGACUGUAGCAAGGUGUCUGAUGCCAUCAAGUGUUGCAGGAGAAACUUCAGUCUUGGCUGUUCCUUCUUGGAGGGACCACUCAGUAGAACCUCUAAGGGACCCAAAUCCUUCAGACCUUUUGGAGAACCUGGAUGAUAGUGUGUUCUCGAAGCGGCACGCAAAACUAGAGCUGGAUGAGAAGAGAAGGAAAAGGUGGGAUAUUCAGAGGAUCAGGGAACAAAGAAUUUUACAACGACUACAGCUCAGAAUGUAUAAAAAGAAAGGAAUUCAGGAAUCUGAGCCUGAGGUUACCUCAUUUUUCCCUGAGCCAGAUGAUGUUGAAAGUUUGAUGAUUACCCCCUUCUUGCCUGUUGUAGCAUUUGGACGACCAUUGCCAAAAUUAACUCCCCGGAAUUUUGAGCUGCCCUGGUUGGAUGAGCGAAGCCGAUGCAGGCUGGAGAUCCAGAAGAAGCAAACCCCUCACCGGACGUGUAGGAAAUAGCUGUGCCGCAAGAACCCUCAGAUAGUUGUAGCAUGCCAUUCCCAGAGGGUGGCAGAGACCUGUAUGUGUGACCUGUGUGCUCACGUAUGUUACCGUUUGCUGACAGUGCCCUCCCGCACGUCUUGGUUUGUUUUGUUCUCACAAAAACUCUUUCAUUGGGCUAACUGUGAAUUAUGGAGGGGGAUUGGGAUUUCUUUUCCCUUUCAGGGGAAGUGAGCUCUCAAGCUAAAUCUGACGGAUGGCAGGUUUGGAAGUUUCAGGGUGUGCAUCUAUGCAUUUGCCUGUAUCGAAGGGGUACCAGAGUGUCCUUCCUGAGACACAGGAGCUGUGGCUGCCUGGCACUCUGCUCGCUCCGGGUAAUUGGGGUGUAGUGGUUUUUACCCUAAAAUAAAACAGAAAAUCUCACCAUGAGCGUUAGGACCAGAUGAAGAAUAAGGAGUGAAGUGAUGAGCAAGUCAUCUUCUCAGAACAGGAAAGACAUCCAAGGUUGGGUAGGCAAAUAUCUAAAAAGAGAGCUUUCUCUUAAAGCUGUUCCUCGGCCUAGUCAAGUGGGGAAAGGUGUUGAUUGUUUUCUUAGUUAAUAGGUAACUGACGUUCUUCCCCGACUCCUUGGAAAAUAAAAUCUCUGGAAAAGAAAAGGGGGAUGUUAGUUUGAGGCAGUCUGCAGCCCCAAACAGAUGCAGUUGUCCUUUGGGGAUGGCGUGCCAGGCCCGUCCGGAUGUCCUUGUCACAUCACUUCUCGAGUGUCCCUUAGUUGGGGUUUGUCUCGUGGCUGGGCUCUUGGUGGUAGGGUGAGGUUUGGGCGGGGUGGGCCGAGAGUGAAGAAACGCGUGCUUCCUUUGGCUGGCAGAUGUCUACAUCUUGAAACAAACAGCUGUACCUAAGGAGCUUCUCCAUUCACUUUGUAAAAAUAGAUUUGUAUGUGUAUCAUCCUGGUCUCCCUCCCUUGCCUGUUUUGUUUAAAAAAAAAAAAAGAAAGAAAAAAAUUUCAGGACAGCACUCCCAGGCCAUUCUGGUCUCAGUGUAAGAUCCCGGUUAACUAUCUGGAAGGAAAAUAGAGCCAAGACCUCUGGUCUUAACUAUAUAGGAAUUGCCUUUCAUUAGUUUUCAGGACUAUUGUGUGAAAACAAGUAGGGGUCUAAUCUCCUAGAAGGUAGGGGCUUUUAUCCUUGAAGAGAAGAUGUCCCCAGAUUAUUAGCACUUUUAGAGGAGAAGCCAAGGUAUGUAGGGUGUGCGGCCGGCCCAUUGGUGGAGCGUGAGAGAAUGGGUUACCAUUGUGGGAAGAGAAGAAAAGUUCCUCAGGGGCCUCCCACUGCUAAAGCUUUUUGUGAGAUGUUGAUCUGUGCUCCCUGGGUUUGACUUUGAAAGGAAUUACUGCGGCAGCACGUGUAGUAUUCUUGGAUGAUCUUGCUGCUCUUAUUUCUCCUUUGUGUGUGCGUGUGUGUGAGCGUGUGUGAGUGUGGCUGUGGGUUUUCAUUUGUAACUCCAUCUGCUUAGGAGAGGGGGCUCUCUGUAAAGGAAAGUGCUGUAAGCUUCGUUGCAGCAAGGACAUAGAAAUAGGACUUAUUCCACUAGGGGCUCUCAUCUCACACCUUGAGGACAAGAUUUCUAGAAAAACUGGGCCAGGUUUUCUUUGUUCUCCAUUAUUUUAACGUGACAAGCUGUUUCGUGUUCCUACGCUGACCUACGUUAUGUUCCUUUAUAACGUGCCCAAAAAAGAAGAACCCCAAUCAGUGUCUCUUUAUGAUCUGCUGUUUCUCCUCGAUUUCAGCCUUUGUCAAGUUCCUAAUUUUGGGUAUGGUUAGCAAAUUUUCAUGUUUUUGCCCUACACAAGGGACUCCUCAGACACUGAACUUAAUUUAGACUGAGAGGAAUCCAUGAGGUGCUAUCUGGCCAGACUUAAGUGGAUUCUUUUUUCCUCCGUUCUCCUUUCCCUGAGGACCUCUUAUGUUAUUGUCCCGCUUCUAGAUCAGUUCUCCUUUGAUUCGGGUAUGUUGUGGUUUCUUGAGAAGGAGGUUGGAGCGAAGUUCCAAGAGUUGAAAUUACAGUGUGUUAGAGCGUGGGGGGAAAAUUAAUCUUAUUUUUCCCUACAUGGGAUAUAACACUGUGAAAUUCAAUCUUCAACUGAAGGCCCUGCAGUUCUCCUAAAACAUAGUUCUUUGUUUCUUUCUUUAACAAAGUUUAAGCUAGUGUUAAUAAAUUAAAGAGAAAUUGCUUGUCUGUCCACUUCAGCUUUGUUUUAUGCCCAUUUCAUAUUGUUGUCUGUGUUGUAAUUCAUACUUUUGAUACCAUUUCUGAUGUGUAAAAUUGGUUGUCUUGUAAAUAUCUUAUAAAGAGUUCAAUUGUAAAUAAACUAUUGUGGCUGUUAAUUUUU